UCCGCCGCCCCAGCAAGAGGUCGGGCCCGUCUCAGACGCUUCUACAGCCUAAACGACGCAUGCUGGACACCGAUACGGACUCUAGCUACAUCAUCAAUAAGGCUCUAAAGUUACUACGUAAUGAACUUAAGUCGAGAAGUUCAGCAUCUACGACGUUUCCACCGGUGCUCACUGAAGCUCAAAUAAGAGCUUCCAUUGCCCAAUAUCAAAGUCACAUAGAAGAUUCAUCAAAGCAAGGCGUCUGCUUAUCCUGCGGGAGGUUUGUGCCGAUUCUGGAGAUUAUAGAAAUGGAGGACAGUGACCCUUUGCUCCUGCCACUAGCUACCCACCUUGACUAUUGCGGCAAACAUAGCGACGACCAGCAGCAGAUCCCUAGCCUUUCUUACAGGAUUUGGGGCCAGGCAACCCUUACUGACCAUUGGCAUGACCCAUCGUAUUUUACUGGCGCAUUUCCAACUUUAUUUCCCCUCGGCAUUAGCGGCCAUCUAGACGAGCGUUCAUUCGACGUCUCUUUGUCUUCCUUUGCGGAGUGGGCAUUAAAGCACCAUAGCAGGAGGUUUGCGCGCCACAGAAUCUUCAUAUAUCUGAUAUAUGACGUGCUUCUGAUUCGAAAAUCUUCCCUCGCGAAUAAAUUGGUCCUUCAACGUCGGCACUAA